CAGACUGGGCCACAGCAACACGUGGCAGGGGACCGCUAGUUUAAAAUGAAAUUUUGAGAGUUUUCACAACCAGAACUUUAGUUUUGACAUUGCAGGCACUAUGGGAAAUAAACUGAGUAUGGCAUGGUUCUUACUUCUCGCAUUGAAAGUUUUCGGCUUGAGAGAAGUUGAUCAAGAUGACUCCAUAGUUCUGCAAUGCUACCAGUCAGUGCCCAGCUAUGAUAUGAACUGCAGCUGGCUCAUUCGGAAUGAUCCAGAUGUUGAUGCCACCCACGUCCUCUACUACCAGAACCUAAAACGCCACCUUGGACAACCUCACCUAGUGAAGUCUCAGAGAAAGCAGAACUGGUUGAUCAUUGAGCGACGCAAUCUGACAUGGGGGGAAGACUACAGUGUCUGGAUGGAAAUUAGCAGUGAAGCUGGGACCAUAACCUCCAAGAAACUGAACUUCAGCUUGGAUAACAUAGUGAAGCCCCCUCCUCCUAUUCUGGACCCUGUGGUGCCUGAUGCUUCUGGGGCUCACGUGAAAUGGAACAACGACGUAUGGCAUAAGUUUGUUGAUCAUGCCCCUCUCAUUUGUGCUCUGCGAUACAAAGCAUCCAAAGACCACGACUGGGUCUAUCUUCAGAUGGAGAGUGUAGGCCAGGAGGACUAUGAACUUGAAGAUCUGAAACCCUUCACUUUCUAUGAGGUGGAGAUCCGCUGCACCCCAGAAAUGAAAAAUGGUUUUUGGAGUGAAUGGAGUUCUCCCCAAGUCUUCAGAACCCCUGAGGCUGCUCCAUUAGGUCAGGUAGAUGUCUGGCGGGAAGUUGGCGUUUCUAAAAAUGGGAAAUCAAGUUUUCUUCUACUAUGGAAGGCACUGGAUCCUGAAGUAGCACGGGGAGACAUCCUUGACUACGAAGUCACCUACCGGGAUGCUAGCAAAAGGGUCUCCAAGAUGGUGUGCCAUUGCUGCAAUGCUACUCUCCCUCCCACAACUGAGUAUGCUUGGGUAUCAGCACGCAAUUCCAUUUCGAAGACACUGCCAGCCAAUCUUAGCUUGGAGCAAACAGAGCACCCCAUUCCUGAGAAUGUCCAGGUGGUGGCAGUACCACGCCUGGGUCUCAAAGUGACGUGGGAGCCCAGCACGAGCCCCCAGUGGGUUCCGCCUGAGGAGUAUGUCGUGGAGUGGAGAGAAGAGCUUCUUAGCAAGGACGUCCCAAUAAACUGGAUCCACAGGCCUGGCAGAAAUAAUAGUGCCAUGCUGAAAGGUGACUUUAGACCAAAAAUACCUUAUCUCGUGCAUGUUUAUGCUUUGUAUACUGAGGGGAGCAGCACCUCGGUUCCUGUCCGAGCAUACUUCAAGGAAGAAGCACCAUCAGCUAGUCCUCAGGCACUGCGGGACAGAAGCAUUACUUCAACAGCCUCUCACAUCUUCUGGGAGGAAAUUCCUUUGGAAAGUCGCAAUGGAAAUAUCACCCACUACACACUCUACCUGAAGCAUUCCUCUUCUGGAAACGUCAUUCGCAUGUCCAUUGGUGCUACUGAGAAGAGUUAUAAGCUUUUCAAUCUUAAACCUGGAGCAGCUUAUGAGCUCUGGAUGACAGGCUCUACCUCUGCUGGAGAAGGAGUGCCCAGCCCUCAGCAUCACUUCAACACUCCAGCAAUUUCCCAUUGGCAGACCAUUGUUGUCAUCACUGUGGUGAUAGGAAUUUUGUUUUUCGUGGCUGCGGCAGUGGUGUAUGCCAAGUACAGAUGGGUCCUUAAUUUCUGCCAUAAGGUCUUGCCCCCAUGGUGCUGGGAGAGGAUUCCAGAUCCAGAGCACAGCCUGGUCGUCUCAAAGAUGGAUGAACAGAAUAUUACACGUGUCAUGGAUACGCUGGACCAGUCUCCCGAGGGUAUAGAUAUUAUAAAAAUAAAGGAACUAGCCCCUCCACCAGCACCACCUCCAUCCCGUGCUCCUGUGGUGAACUCUGGCUACGAGAAACAUUUCAUGCCGACUGCAGAAGAAAUGCAGCAACUGACUUGAGAAGAAAGUCACACUUCAACUUCUUGAGACCAAUGGCAUCGUAUUUCAUGUGUACUAAGGUGCUUGUCCUUGCAGAUGAGAUUGAUCUACUGAUGAAGGAUCAUGUCAUUGCCUUACAAACUUGGGAUGGGGAAAUGUUCCUCAGAGCUGACAUUCUUAACAAAGGUUGUCCUUUUGCACCUCCUGAGAUGAGUGAGAAGAAGGAAUGUACCAUGCCUUGGCAAAUCAUACAUUUGCAAAGCUGACAGAGUGUUUUGGAGAAAUUAAGUGCACAUGAAAGAGUGUGCACGUUUUAAAAUGUGAACUGGUAAAAUGGGUACAAUUGCAGAAACACACUGUAAUCAGUGGAGAAAAGUGUACACGGACAGAAAAAUGCAUGUGAGGGGAACUGCCAUCAAAACAACACAUUUAAUUGUGGGAAGAAAAAAAAAACAAGUCUCACAAUUAUGGUAUACAUGGAAUUGAGAUUUGGAUAAAUAGUAUAAUCAAGACGUGAGGCUGCACAUACCUGCUCAAUGCAUCUUCUGUUUCUUUAGGAUUUGGGAGGGAAUUUUGCAUUUGCUGCUUCCAAGGUGGCCUCAAAAGAGCUAUAGCUGUGGUGAACUUGGCAGAUCUCAGGAAUAUAGCACUCCUUCCGAGCCCGUGAUAGAUUCUAUCUUGAUCUUGACAGUCUUGGGGACAGCAUUGGUUCUUAUUACCUAUGUAGUGACUCGAUUCAUCUCAAACCCUACUUUGUAUUGCGCAGGCUGACAGAACCAGUUUACAGUUGUGGUUCACAGCUCUGAAGGAACCAUAGGGAAGAACUGAAGGAACUUUGCUUUCUUUGGAGAAGAACUGUUUUUAAAAACAUGUACAGUAUUCACUUGGGUCUGGUUCAUUUGCCCAAGUAUUUUGUUACAACUUAUGAACAGUUUUGUUAGAUUUUUUUU